AUGUACACAUUACUUCAUGGACUUUAUAAUUAUCUUACGAGAAAAGAAGAGUUUUAUGUGUUAAUUAUUGGACUUGAUAACGCUGGAAAGACAACUUUAUUAGAACGUAUAAAGUCCAUCUAUUUAGGAGUAUCAGGAUUAGCACCAGAUAAGAUUGCGCCUACUGUUGGUUUAAAUAUUGGUCGAAUAGAUAUCCAAUCUUCGAGGAUUAAUUUUUGGGAUUUAGGAGGACAAAGAGAGCUUCAACCGAUAUGGGAGAGAUAUUAUGCUGAAUGUCACGCCAUUGUAUUCGUUGUAGAUUCUACAGAUCCAAAAAGAUUAGAAGAAUGUAGAGAUACUUUUGAAACAAUGAUUACCAAUGAUGCAAUCGAAGGUGUUCCUAUUUUGAUGUUGGCUAAUAAACAAGAUGUUCAAGGUGCAUUACGCGUAGAAGAAAUAAAGGAAGUCUUUAAUAAAAUAGCAGUCAAGUUGGGUGCAAGAGAUUCUAGAGUGUUACCUGUGAGUGCACUUGAAGGUCAUGGCGUAGAAGAGGCUAUUGACUGGUUAAUACUACGAUUACAAAGAAAUAAAAUCAAUCGACCUCCUGUCUUUCGUUAA